GCUCUUACAUCAGUGCUCCCCGUGAUAUUUUUGGGAACUUCUCCCAUUCGCGUCGGAGUGGUUACUGGGGGUCUGUCUUUGCCAGCUCUGUAUUGUCGCCUACAAAGACCCUAUGCAGGGGAGAUAGACGACACAGUGCGUCCAGAGAUUUCGAUAUAGCCUAAACAUGUAAAAGGAAAACAGCCCAGGGGUGCAGCGAUGAGGAGGUCUUUGAAAGAUAACAACAUGACACCGUGGGGACUCUGGCACAAGAAUGACGGCUUGACUUUGUCUCCGUGAGGUUAUGGAAGGGACCAAAGCGUCCCGUCCCGUCGCCUGUAUGAGCACAGCGGUGGCUGCUGCCCUGAACGCUGCUGUAUGGCCGACGGGGGAUUUGGCCGGGUUUGGAUAAUUGGCGCUUUCAGUAGCUACGCCACCGGCCACUAACUGAAAAACAGAUUUUGAAGAUGGGAAAGUAUGCUGAACUGUAUCAAAAUGAUUUCAUCUUAUGCUUUACAGCGCAGAAAUGGAUACUUACAAAAUAGUUUGGUGGCCAGUUUCUAAUAAUUAAUUAAAAAAAUGUUUUAAAUGUUUUAUUUUAAUGCGCUGGAGGAAUGUGGAGUGCGUUUGUAAACGGCUCGGGACUGCAUGGUGGGGGCGGUGCUGGUGGGGGCUACGUCCCGUCUCAGGGAUGGGAGUUUGUGCCGUGCUCCAGGAUGGAUAGGGCAGAUAGGGGCAGGGGCAAAAGCCGCAGCCCGCUGAGGAGGAUCUCCUCUCCGCCCACCGUCUUCAGUCAGCUCUACGAGCCCCAGUUCGGUGCUUCACCGGGUGGCGGAGAAGGUGGAGCAGGGACACAGCUUGAGGUCCUCAGGGGACAAAUGUGGCCGGGUGCUGAACCCCAGCAGGAGCAGCAAACACAACACACCCGGCUUAAAAAGAAAUUUGAGGAUUUAAAAAAGAGACACAUACAGGACAAGGAAGAAUGGAUGCGCGAGAAGGAGUCGUUGUUGAGAGAAGUGGCUGACAUACAAGGAGGGGAGAACAGGAGGAUUCUGCUGGACCUGAAGACAGUUUUGGAGGAAGUGCAGGCGGAGGUGAAGAGAGAGGAGGAGAAGAGGGGCGAGCUCCAGCUGCAGUACACCAGAGACAGAUGUGCCUGGGAGCUGGAGAAGGCCGAUCUCAAAUGCAGGAUUGCACAGUUGGAAGCUAGAGAGGGUGCUGGAUUGAUCAGUGGAGGCGUCCAGUCAGCAGCAGGUCCUGGCUCUGUGGCGUCACGGAGUGCUCGAGAACAGCACGGCGAGACCUCAACGCUCCGUCAGGAGAGGGAAGAGCAGCGGAGGCUCCUGGCGAACACACAUUCAACAGCCAUGGACCUGCGCUGUCGCCUGGAGCACAAUGAGAGGGACUGGUUAAGGGAGAAAGCCGAGCUGCUGGAGAGGUUUGACGUGGAGAGGAGGGAGUGGGAGAGCCAGCUGAAGGAUAUGCAGAGGAAAAUAGAAGGGCUGUACUGUGAAGUGAGGGCCAAGCGAGAGGGGACCGAACUGGACAGUGGGAGGCAGGGAGACGAUGAUGUCGUACAUAGGCUCAGCGUACGCUCAACCAGCACUGGCUCCAGUCUCCUCAGUGACAACUCUCGCUCUGAGGCGCUCAGCACCAGCAGUCAGUCAGAACCAAUCAGACAUUCACCUUUACCUGGUUUUGUUCACAACAGAAACAUCAGUGGCAGUGGUUGUGUUGGCACAGAUAGUCACCACUUGACCUGCUUCCAAGUAGACAGCCUCUGUGAAUUUAAUGGUGGUGGUCAUUUCACUCAGAAUGACCAUUCACAACCUGAGCUGGUGGAUGAGUUAAGAUCCAGAUGCACUUGGCAGCAAGACUCGGUCACUGAUAGCAAGGAAGCUGUGGAUACAACGGAGCUGGAUGCUAUUUUUCAUGGAGCUCCUGGAUGUGGACUGCAACAGAAAAAUGUCUCUAAAGAAAACGAAAAAAGUGUUCAUGUUAGCCCUCAAGAAAGACCUCUUUGGUCAGAGCUGAGUUACAGCAGUGACAAGAAGAAGAACACUACUGCUCUCAAUGCUGCUCUGAAGGAGAUAGCCCGUGUAAGCGAGGAGCUUUGUAGCUACCAGGAUGAGAUCAGAAAGAAGAGCGGGGAUAGGAGGAAUCGAUCUGAAUCCCUGUGCCUGCAUAAGGAGAGCGAGAUGCUGUUUGGCCAUGAUGAAACCCGACUAGAGGUGGAUGAAGCUCCCUGCGACCUCAGCCAGAUUUACGAUGACCUUCGGGCCUUGGAGAGGGAAAACUGGAUCACCCUGUCACCAGGUAACCCCUGGCGGGCCAACAGAGGGCCGAGCAAAUCCUGGAGAACAAACACAGCUGAACCAGACAGCUACAGAGAAACACAGACAAGCCCUGGAGUACUCACUGAGAUUGAUACAGCAGCUCCACCCAUCCCUCCCCGCUUCUCCUCCUGGAAUCUGAGUGCCCCCACUCAUCCAGACACAGAACUCCACAUCCCAGAAUCCCCCAUGACGACAGUGAGGAAGUGCCAUAGCCCCUGUGUUCUAGUGGACAGAAAGUGCAGCAGCCCAUCUAUUGUCAGGAAGUUCGGGGCCAUGCUACAAGAAAAUGAAGGAAAGGUUUUAAUAGACGGUGUGGUAACAUCGUGUUCUGUACCUGCUAACGCUAACUGUAAUAUCGGCUGCUGCCACAACCGCUGGUCCUGUGAUGCAAGCAAGUUCACUAGCAGUAAGUUGUCUACAUACGGGACUGUCCAGAAAAGCUUCUCUGAAGUCAACAUAUUGACUGCUGGAAAAGACUUUGGUGUUGGGAACUUAAAAAGCCCUGAACUACAAAUACCUCAGACUGUCAAAGAAUUACCUGUUGAUUUGCUCUUGUCCUCUCUUGAAAUAUCACCUGCCAGCCUCAACAUCCAGGGCUCCAGAAGAAACAUAUUGCUGGAACAAAAAACAGCUGAGUUCAACAGAACUUUGUUUCAGGCUGAGAUGGGACGUGGCGUAGUGGAACAAGACAGUUUUACAGUAACAGAUGCCUGCUCUGUGGCUUGCCAACCAGUCUUUUCAGCAACUUGUGCAUCAGAUGAGGUUUUACCUCCCAGGGAGACAAUACUUCAGCCACAUUGUACUGAUGUCACCACUAGCGUCAUGGGUGCGCAUCCUGAAGUCACUUUAUCUCUCUCCACCUUGGAUUCCACAAUUCAUGAAGUCCAACCAAGGCGGACGAGAUGUGGUCCUGAAGGUCAAGAGGUCAGAGUGAACCUUUCGUCUGAACAGCCGCAGAUUGGACUCAGCGAGGCAACCACAAUAACCUUUCAGAGUCCUGCACACCAUUCUGAGGUCAAGCACAACGUUCAAACAGCAAGCAGUCCUUCCAGGAAAACACAACACAGAGCAGCCACAGAGGCUGUCUUUUCUGAGCCUGUCUUGCCUGCAAAUACCCAGCCAGGUCAGAAUGUGGACAGUUCCAGCUCCAAGAAUGAGAUGAAUGGAGCAAAGCCUCAGCCAGCCAGAGUUGGUGUCCCACUCCAGCAGCUGUCUGCUGAGAACAAACAAAGACAGAUGACACAGCCAGGGCACCGGGCACAGCCAAGGCAUGUGUCUGUUCCUCCUUCCCAGUCUGACUCCUCCAGACCUGGGCUUCGAAUGAUGAAUGACCAUCCCUGGAAGCCCCUCACUCUGGCUGCGUACCCACGGCCUGAGGGAUCCAGGUCCAACUAUGGGGCAGUGGAAAGGAUUCUGAAGAAUUAUGAGAGUGCAGCCCGGGCUCAACAGAACCAGAGCCACCAGGACGAGAUGGCUUCAAGUCCUAACAUCAGUGUCAGGCAGGAGCAGAAUGUCACAGAACUGGACAUGCUGGACAUGGACCCUCUGCCCUUACCACCCACUCUGAGACACACACAGACUUCACACACCUCACAGACGCACACCACACAUGCACAGUUCAGCAGCCACAGUACCAUGGGUGUGAAAGAGAUACAUCUAACAGUGCAGGAGAAUGAAGAGUCUUCUGUCUCCUCUUCCUCCGUCCAGAAGAACUUCUCGAGGCCUGCCCGUCCAGCCAACCGACGCCUCCCCUCCCGAUGGGCCAGCCGCUCCCCGACUUCCUCCUCCACCUCCUCCUCUCCCUCUACCACCCCAGUUGUGCCUCCAUCCUUCCCCUUCCAGAAACACACUACCGCCUUUACCUACUCACACGCCUUUCACAUAGAGACUGUCAUCAUUUGAUCUCCACCUCACUGUGUGAACCAACAAGAAGCCUUCAGUGAUAAUCUCUGAACACUGAACCUUCCUUUUUUCAUUACUAUUGUACAUAACCAAACCCAGACUGCUUCUCCACUCCUACAGACUCAGAAGUGCUUUAGUUGUGAGUUAAACAACUCAUCUUUUAGAAUGUAUGUGGCAUCCAGUGGAUCCUAACUGACCAAGGAAGGCAAGAAAAGGAUCUGAAGCAGCUUCUGUUAUUCAGCAGUAUGCUCUGAUUAACCUGCCAGGCACCAUGCAUAGCCUCAGAGGACGGUGAAAACAUAAUUUCCCACAUCCAAUGCAUCAUUCAUUCAUGCCAACCAUCUGAAUGGAUAGCCUUUGCUCAGGUGUGGAUUCUAGCCUUGCCUAGUGUAGCCUUGCAGAUCUACCAACGACAUACACUUCACUACUCCUUCUGUUCUAUAUACUGUAUUUACACCUUAAAAGUGAUGCUAGCUCAUAAUCAAAUGAUCAAAAAACUUUUAACCAAAUGAAAUCCAAAAUGAUGUAUUUAAUAUGUACUAUACAACAUGUUUUGAGUUCUUUUUGCACAAAAUAUGAUGUUAAAUACACAAUAUGCAGCAUCAUGUUGGUUUCUGAGAUUUCCCCCUAGCAUCACUCUGUGUGCUGAAUAAAGCAGUGUUGGUUUUCUGCCUUCUGGACUGUACCUUGCCUGUGACAUUUUGCUUUACUUUCAUGACCGGCUUUACAUUUUUCAUGAUUACAGUAAUGCAAAAAUGUGAAUGUGAGUUCCUUUUUUUAUAACUUUGUACCAAAGGCUGGUUUCUUUAUAUGCAUUUUCCUGAGUUGAAAAUUAAAUGCAUUGUUUGUAUUGGCAUUUAUUUUUUCUGUCCACCCAUUGCUGAUGUUUUCCAAUCAAAAUACAUGUUAAAUACUUAAACAUCAUUCAUGACACAUAAAUAAUGAUGCUUGUCAAAAAAGCCUUUUUUCUACCUUUACUAAUUCUGAAUGGUCACAUUUCAGGACAUUACUCAGCUAAGUAGUACCGAGUGGUGGGUCAGAGUGGUGAAUCAUAUGAUGAAGAUGAUGCCUUUGCUGUUCUUUUUGUGUAAUAAACAUAAGGACUAAAUGA